AUUAUAAGUGCUAGGAAAACCCUAACUCACCAAUAUCCAAAUCUUCAACUCUCACUCACCACUCGCUAUUACUCGUUCUAAACCAGCGUCGAUCAAUGGCUUUCAACAAGGUUUACUUGGCAUUGCUACUCUUGGCUCUUGUAGCUACAACUGCUCAUGCUCGUGUGAACCUUUUGCGCCUAUUCGAUAAUACUCAUUUUCCCUUUUGUCCAGCAGGAUCAACGACAUGUAGCUGCGACUGCAUCGUAGUUCAUGGGAGGAUGGAGUGUACGCGUACUGACAUGAGACAAGGAGACUGUCCUCCAAGCUGCAGUGAAGACUGCGAUUGCGACUUUUCAAUGUGCCCCAAUUGUUGGUGCUCAUAUAAGGUCGAGGCAUGUCCAAAAAUCUGCUCCAGCUCUACCCCUGCUGCUACUAUGUUGGACAGUCUUCUUGUUUCCAAGACAAAUUAAGUACUAAUGAUAAUUAUGUUUAUGUUGCGCUAAGCUAACUUGUGUUUUCAUUAUAUAUGUAUCCAUGCUUACAUUAAUAUUACCUCAAUCACUUGUGUUAUGUUGAGGCUUCUAUGAAAAUUGUGUAAGCUUAUUUUCAAGUAAAAUUUUAAGUUCUAGUUAA